GACAACAUCAAACUUUGCUUUCUUUCAAAGAGGUUUUUCCCAUAGAACCUGAAGAGGAAGUGAGACAACAUUUUUCAAAUUCUGUGAAAGAUGGCAGGAACAGGCCUUCUGGGGAUUAUUGUCCUUUGUCUUUUAGCAUUUAUAGGCUCAACUCAUCCUCAGUUGCAGAUGAAUUUUUAUGCUAAGAGCUGUCCUAAAGCUGAGAAGAUUGUGCGAGACUAUGUUAAAGAUCACAUCCCUAAUGCCCCAUCACUGGCCGCCUCCUUCAUUAGAAUGCACUUCCAUGAUUGCUUUGUCAGGGGAUGCGAUGCAUCUGUGCUUCUAAAUGUCUCCUCUGGUGAAAAGAAUGCUGUUCCAAAUCAAACACUCAGGGGCUUCGAUUUCAUUGAUAGAGUGAAGAGCCUCGUUGAAGCUGAAUGCCCUGGCGUUGUCUCCUGUGCUGAUAUCCUUACUUUGAUUACAAGGGACUCAGUCGUAACCAUAGGAGGUCCAUUUUGGAAAGUCCCAACAGGACGAAGAGAUGGGGUGAUCUCAAAUGUCACCGAGGCAAAUACCCGCAUUCCAGGACCAUUCGACAACUUCACUACUCUCCAUAGACUUUUCAGUAACCAAGGACUCGAUACAAAAGACUUGGUUCUCUUAUCUGGUGCUCACACCAUCGGCUUGGCUCAUUGCCCAGCGUUUUCACGUCGAUUGUACAAUUCCACCGCCCCUGGUGGCGUCGACCCAACGCUUGACAGUGAAUACGCUGCUAAUCUCAAGGCAAACAAGUGUAAAACCCCAAAUGACAACACCACAAAGGUUGAGAUGGACCCUGGAAGUCGUAACACCUUUGAUCUUAGCUACUACACUCUCCUAACCAAAAGAAGGGGUCUUUUCCAAUCCGAUGCUGCCUUGACUAGAAACUCAACUAGCUUGGCUCUCAUCAACCAACUCCUUUCUAAUCCUCUCAAAUUUUUCUAUGCUGAAUUUGCCAAAUCUAUGGAGAAAAUGGGUCGGAUUAAUGUCAAGACAGGAUCAGAAGGUGAGAUUAGGAAGCAAUGUGCAUUUGUCAACAGUUAAAAGGAGUUUUGCUCUUUUUUCUUUUUUAACAUUUUAUUUAUUCAUAGGUCUGGGUUAUGGGAAUAAAGCAGCUGAAGAGAACUUUUUUUGUUCUUUCAAACUGUUCAGGAAUUUCAUGGUGUGGGACUCUUUUGUUGUGUAUGCAGUCAGUGUCAUGUUGAGAAUAAUUAAGCUUGUUUUUUUUCUCGUUCUUUUUGGUCAUUGAGCUCAAUACAUUCAUAUCUUAAUGUAUUAGGCUGGAUUGUCUAAUGAUUAGUUAUUAUUCACAAAUUUUUUUUUUUUUUUG